AGGUGGAUGGUUGUUUCCGGUUGAGAGUAUGCUGUGAGUGAUUGGCUGAUGCUUCUGACCUGUGUGUCUCACCCUUUUUUGGGGUCUAGUGCUUGGAGGGACUUCAGGGACUGUGAGUUAUCUUCAGAGACGAGGGAUAGCCCCUUCAGGACCAGCCAAAGAAGACAACCUGAGGAAGACUUCCCACCCAGGAAAGGAAAAAUACAUGGUGCUGGAUCAACUCCUGAGCUCCUGAUGCUGGUGGAUGAUCAUUUCCUGUUGAGAGAUGACCAAUAUGGGUCUAGUGCCUGGAUGGACUGUGGGUUCUCUUCAAGGAUGAGGGAUAGCCCCUUCAUAACCAGCCAAAGAAGACAACCUGAGGAAGUCAUCUCACCCAGAAAAGGAAUAAUUCAUGAUGCUGAAUCAACUCCUGAGCUCCUGAUGCAGGACAACCAAUAUGGGUCUAGUGCCUGGAGGGACUUCAGGGACUGCAGGUUCUCUUCAGAGAUGAGAGAACCCUUCAGGACCAUCCAAAGAAGACAACCUGAGGAAGUCAUCUCACCCAGAAAAGGAAUAAUUCAUGAUGCUGAAUCAACUCCAGAGCUCCUGAUGCAGGCUCCUAUACCGUGUCAGGCCGACCCAUAUGGGUUCUGUGCCCAGGUGGACUAUGGGUACUGGGGGUCCUAUCCACUGAGGGGGUGUACCCCUUGUGGGGUCAGCCAUAGAAGUCCUCCUAUACAGUGUCAGGAAGACCAAUAUGGGUUCAAUGCCCAGGUGGACUAUGGGGACUGGGGGUUGUAUCCACUGAGGAGGUGUACUCCCUUCUGGACCAGCCAAAGAAGACGACCUGAGGAGAGACAACCCGAGGAAAACACCUGGCACUAGGAGAACGUCUCAGUGUCUGAUGCAGUGGACAAUUGUUUCUUUAUUAUUAUAUUAUAUUAUAUUAUAUAUGUCUAAUUUAUAAAUAUCUAUUGUACUUA